AUGAAGGGACCGGCAGGUAGAUGGUGGAAUACGGAAUCCACGUAUUUCACUAAUCAAGGAAUUCCAAAGGACUGGCAACAUUUCAAGACAGCUUUCUUGGAGAAGUACUACCUCAACAGUGUGCGUGCUUUGAAGGAGUGUGAGUUUCAGUCCUUCAAACAAGGCAACAUGUCGGUGUCUGAAUAUGCUGAGAAGUUUGAGGACAUGGCUGCCUAUUCCAGACAAGCAGCUCAUGCACCAGAUGAGUUGUGGAAGAGUGAUCAGUUCCUCAUGGGGCUGAAUGCUGAUAUUGUACACAGUGUGUCUCAAAGGGAGUUUACCACCUAUGCUGAAUGUUUGAGGCAAUGCUAUGUUGCUGAGAACACAUUGAAGAGAGUCCAAGAUGAAAGAGAACAGAAUAAGCUGGUUCAUAGGGAACAAGGAAGGUCGGGACAACAUUUGAAACCCCGCAAUUCUCCAACUAUGAAGAAACCAAUUUAUGGAGAUCGUUCUAAUCAACCUCCUCAGUGUGGAAAGUGCAAUAGGAGGCAUUAUGGGAAUUGCUCAUUCGAUGCGAAGAAGUGUUUCAAGUGUGGAAUGACGGGUCACUUUGCAAGGUAUUGUACAGCCCCGAAUGUUCCGGAAAAGACUAAAGGUCGUGUUUACACUUUGGAUGCUAGGAAGGCUCAAGGAAACAUCAAUCUUGUUGCUGGUACGUGUUAUGUUAAUAAUCAGCCCUUGUUUGUGUUAGUUGAUUGUGGAGCAACACAUUCUUUUGUUUCCUAUCAUUGUGCGAGGAGGCUUGGUUUUGAAGCAAGUCCUCUCCCGAAUCCUAUGAUUAUAUCGUCAGCUACUGAUGACGUAGUAGAAGCUCGAGAAGUUUGCAAGGAGUGUUCUAUUACUUUCAAUGGACGUAGAUUCUUGAUUGACCUUAUCUGUCUGCCGCUUAAAAAGAUCGAUGUAGUGCUGGGAAUGGACUGGUUAUCAGCUAACUUGGUGUACAUUGGUUGUAAGGAGAAGGCUAUCUUCAUUCCUGCUGAGGAGACAACAUCAACCGGGGCCGUUGAACGUCUUCUUGAAGGUACGAUUAACAUGGUCAACUAA